AUGGGCUGCUCGGGCUUGGGGUGUAAGGAGGUCCUCCUCGCCGCUCUCGGGGUGGCGACUGUUUUAUGGGGGCUUCUCGCUCUCGUCUACUCUCUCGUCCUCGCGUGGGCGGGAUGGGUUUGGACGCAGGACACCAACAUCGCCAAUCUAACGGCGCCGGGAGUCAUCGCAUCCGUUGCCAUGAUCAUCGCUGGCUUACUGUCCGCCGGACCGGGCUCAGGAAUGUGCUGCCGGCCACAGGACAGCGCGGCGCGACGCAGGUACCUCAUCAGCGCCCUCGUCUGCCGACUCAUCCCCAUCGCCGCAACCAUCUACCUCAUCAUCUUCGUCGUGAGAGAACAGUGGAAGGAGGCGCCCCCGGCGCCGCCGUCCCCGCCGGCGCCACCACCAGGGGAGGGGUCGCCUCCCUCCUCGCCGAUGCCCGCCUGGCCGCCCCAGGCUCCGUACCCACCGUCCUGGCCGCCGCAGCCUCCCUUUGCGCCCUAUGAGCCAAGCGCAGGGCCGAACGCCUUCCUGUGGGUGCUCCUCAUUGUCUCGCUGGCGGUCGUGGUCGUCGCGCCCGUCGUCGAGAUCCUGGUCAUCUGCGACCUCGGGAAGGAGAGGCCCAAGGUGUCGGCGGGGGGCGACCUAUAG